UAAUACUGGUCCUACCCUUAUAACGUGGGUAACGGCAUUGUAAAUACGAAAUUCUUCAAUCUGGCAUCGCUUAUUCUAUUUCCUAAGUUUUGAGUCGACCCAUAAGCUUUGCUUGUGUUUGUGUCGCUCAUUUACUCAAUCCUAUCUGCGGCUUUUUCAAUUUUCCUUCUUCCUAAUAAAUUUACUUGUAAACCAACCUACAAUCAAAACUGUUGUUAUUGGUAAGCGUCGUUCAAAUUUUCCAAUUUGAAUAAAUAAAUAACCAUAAUUGUUCUUUUUCCAAACCCAAAACUCAUACCAUUGUUUUAUUCCUUUCUUUCCAUUUUUCUCGAUUCAAAACCGAGAGGAAAAUAUUCCUAACUUCAAGGAAUAUUUUUAUGUCCACCAACAGCAGCCUAACAACCCAGCAUUUUCCAGGAAAAUACCCACAAAUUUGGCAUUUGGUCCAGUUCGAACCGGAUUUUAUUGCUGUUUAAAUUUUCAUUUUUUCCAUCGAUUUUUCAUCAAAAUCAAGAACCAUGCCCAAACAUUCCGCCACCAAAGGUCAGCGCAACCACAACAAAGCCCCAUACCAAAACGGGAGAUUCUUAUGCCGGCUCUGUCAGCGGCCUCAUUCAUUACGUCGAUGCCAUAAGUUCCUGGAUAUGGACAUGACGAAACGAUUCGAAGUGGUUCGCAAACACAAAUAUUGCGUGAAUUGUUUGGUCCUGGACCAUUCCCACGGUUCGUGUUUCAGUGACACUGGCUGUCGCCACUGUCACAAAUACCACCACAUAUUGCUCCACGUGGAUCCAAAGCUGCGGGCCCAGAUCCUUCUACCAUCUCCCAAGUUCCGAUUGGAGUCUAGGUCGGUUUCACCGCGACCAUCAACAUCAAAAGCUCGGCGAGUACCACAAAGGCCUUCAUCGUCCUCAGCAACCUCCCGUAACACGAAGGGAUCUCUCACGUCCCUGAUCCAGCAAAAUCGGACCAUCUUGCUACCCACGGUCCUGGUAAGGAUAGAUGCGAAGAAUGUGGCACGAUGUUUGUUGGAUUCCGCCUCUCCAGUAAGCCGCAUAUUGAGGAACUUUGUGGAGAAAAUUAAAGUCAACACCUUGACAUUGAGAGAGGAGACAGUGUGCCAAUUGACACUGUUCUCAAGAUUUGACUCCAAAGUGAAAAUCGAAGGCACCUUUCGUGUGGAUAAUCGGAUCACCACAAAGACGUCUGACGAAUCCCUGUCCGACGACUUCAAAAAGAAUUUCCCACACCUCUUCUUGGCUGAUCCGAAAUUUUAUCAGUCAUCGGGGAUAGACAUUGUCAUAGGCGUCGAUAUCUAUCCGAGAGUAAUGGAGGGGGUGUAUGCCAGAAAUGGGUUACCAACUGGCCAAAGGCCAAAUGUUCCUAAAUAUGUUAAUUUUUUCAUUUUUACAAUUUUUUCCUGAUUUUGAAUUAAUAAAUGCCUGAAUUCCUUAGAAUGCACUAUUGUCUUACUUUCCACAAAAAGCACAAACUUUCCUUUUCAGCUUGUACAUUCCGAAGCAGGUGCGAGUUCGUGAUUCCAUCUGGUCUGAUGACAGAAACCUAACUAUGUAUUUGGUCAUCAUCUUUAUAAAAAUUAUCCUUGAAUUAAGCUAAAUUCAUUUUCAUUCCCAUUGCUUUGUAACCAGACCAGGACAUACACGGAUCAGAUUGUUUCUUUUCCAUUGCAGACGCACUGCAAGGGGGCCGGUAAUGUAAAUACGAAAUUCUUCGAUCUGGCUUCCCUUAUUCUAUUUCUUAAGUUUUGAGUCGAUCCAUAAGCUUUGCUUGUGUUUGUGUCGCUCAAUUACUCAAAAUGUCCGUUUGUGUCCUAUCUGCGGCUUUUUCGAUUU